AUGGCGUUCCAGAGUGGAAUGGAUAAAAUCUGGUUAGGCAAUUCAUUCAGGUUAGGUUUGGAUGCGGAGGCUUCUUCACCAUGGAGAUGCAUGGCAUGGGCUAGAAGAAAUAAGGAGGUUAGAAGUGAAGAAGGUUCGCGUCUGGAGGAUAUGGUCUAUUGGAGCGGUGUCUACAUGAAAGUGACCACCUUGAAUACAAGAGAGGCACCACCUGCUCACUUCAUGAUCAAGAUUGAAUCUUUCUCCGUGUUAGAAAAGUAUGGAAUUAAGAAAUACGAAACAAAAGAAUUUUUCGCCGGCGAUUACAAGUGGAGACUAAUAUUCAAAUUUAAUGGAAAAGAUAGUGAUUAUAUAUCUGUAAACUUGGCUAUGGCGGACACAACUUCUCUGCCUACAAACUGGGAAGUCAAUGCUCUCUUCAGCGUCUUUCUCUUUAAUCAGAUUUCGGGCAAUUAUCUUUCUUCAACAGGAAGAACGCUUUGUUUCCAAGCAACAAAGUCCGAAUGGGGAAUUUCAAAAUUUAUCUCUAGAAAGGUUCUGUUUGAUCCAUCAAAUGGAUACAUAAUCGAUGACAGUUGUGUGUUUGGUGCUGAAGUUUUUGUGGUCAAAAGAGAAGCAGUCAUUGAACGUGUGUUAUUGACGAAUGUCAAUACUUAUUACAAUCAUGCUUUGGAGAUUUCGGGUUUCUCCCAAUUGCCCCAAAGAUGGGUGUCUGAAGAAUUUGAUGCUGGAGGCCAAAAAUGUAAUAGAGGAUGUUUGAAUUUGUACAGAACACUAAUAAUCUAUUUUAAUGGAAAAAAAUGUGAGUAUGUUUCUGUGAGCUUGGCUAUGGCGGACACGAGUUCUCUUCCUGCAAACUGGGAGGUCAAUGUUGUCUUCAACAUCUUUCUCUAUAAUCAGAUUUCUGGCAAUUAUCUUUCUUCACCGGGAAGAACAAGAUGUUUCUUAGAAACAAAGUCUGAAUGGGGUAUUUCAAAAUUUAUCUCUAAGAAAAUUCUGUCAGAUCCAUCAAAUGGUUAUCUAAUCAACGACAACAUUGUGUUUGGUGCUGAGCUACUAGUUAUUGGUUUUAAGCUUCCAUCAAUAGUUGGGGAUGGCCAGCAUGCAUUGAGCUUGCAACUACUAAUGAUCCUAACAAAGGAUUCAUAG